GCCAGUGUAGAUGCUGUCAAAGUGGCCGAGUUCCUGCUUUCUUCUCAGUCCUGGCCUCUCUUCUGUGUGCGGCUGGGAUCCUUUAUGCACUCUAUUUCUAUGUUCCUAUUAAACCCCCCGACUGCCCUGACAUGGCCAGCCGCAUCAUUUUCACCUUCUGCUGCUGUGUGAUGGCAGUCAUCCCGAUCCUGCUUGCGAUGCUCGUUGGUGCAGCAUGCCAGUUCUGCACCAGCUCCUUCAGUCUGCACGAAUCGUUUUCCAGAAGACGGGCAGUUCAGCAGCUGUUUGUUACAGCUUCCUUGGAGCAGUUACUCCUCUACAUCCUCAACCUGGUCGUUAUGGCCACUUUGCUGCCUCAGGAUCAGCUGAAGUUGGUACCUAUAGUGGUUGCCAUGUUCAUCUUUGGAAGGCUUGUUUACUGGGUCUGCCUGAAUGUGUGCAGCUCCUGGCGAGGCUUCGGCUCUGGCCUGACCAUCUUCCCGCUCCUUGCCAUGGUGGCUCUCAAUCUGUUCCUCAUGUACAUCCAGAAUCUCAAAGAGCCAUUUUUUGGCUCCCAUGACUUUCUCUAUAAUCAGGUCACUCCCUCUUCCUGGUCACGGGAGACAUCACAGAGCCCAAGUGGCAAACCAGACGUCCUACCCACAGACAUCCUGGACUCUCAGUGAGGAGGCGAGCAACGCUUUCUUCUUUCAGAGGAGGAGAUCUUUCCAAAUAUAGGCCAUUCCUGUGGUCUGCAGUUCAACACACACUGCCGCUGUAAUCUCCACGUCUGUGACAGCUUAACUUGUAUUUUUCUUCCUCUUAUACAGGAUUUUUUUCAAAUGUGGAUUCAUGCUUAUUAUCUGAAAUGCCAGAGCUCUUUUUCUGCUAGCAGCAGAGGAAGCCUUUGAACAGUGCUGUUGUCUUCAAACAUUUGUCCUUUUAAGCU